CUUAACGAUUAACGUUCAUUUUUAAGUAAUCGACAAUUAAUGUAAUAAAACUUAACAUUUUACGAAUACUUUCAUGUAUUGUCAUUACAAAAAUCCUUUAUAACGAAUUUACUUGAAAUUAAAAAAUGUCAGGGCGAGAUAGAAGAAAAAAUCGUUCCAAACCAAUAGUGAGCGAAGAUUUUCAAAUAUCCACAGAUGAAAUAAUUCGAAAUUUUCUUCAGGAUAUGUCCGUACAAAAAUAUACAUUUCCAUCAAACUUGACUAAUGUUCAACGGGCAUAUGUUCAUGAAUUAGCUAGAAAAUUUGGUUUAAAAUCAAGAUCAACUGGAAAAGAACCGAAUCGAUGUUUAAAUAUUAUGAAAAUUAAUAAAUUGGUUACCAUAGAUGACUUUGGUUUAGAUUUAACUGCAGAAACAAUACAGGAAGUUCGAAAACUUUUAAGGUCUUUUCCACUAAGCCAGAAGGAAUUAAAUGAUGUGGAACCGUAUUCUCAAACAAAUAAAGAUAAUAAAGAAAAUCCUGAGAAUGCUUCGCCCGAUGAUGACCCUAUUGCUUGUAAAACAUUAGUGAGACUUCACGAUGGAAAACCGUUAAUACCGCCUCCUCCAUCCACCUCAACAUACGAAAAAUCAAGAAAAGAACUUCCAAUUGCUGAAUAUAAACAGUUUAUCAUUAAUUCUAUCAAUGAUAAUCAGGUUAUUUUGAUAUCGGGAGAAACUGGAUGUGGAAAAACUACACAGUUACCACAAUUUAUUUUAGAAGACGCUUAUCGCCAUCGUAAAGAAUGUCGCGUAUUUUGUACACAACCACGACGUUUAUCUGCAGUUGCUGUAGCCGAAAGAGUGGCGACUGAACGAGGAGAACCUAUUGGACAAACUGUUGGUUAUCAAAUAAGAUUGGAAUCUCGAGUGAGUCCACGAACUGUGUUAACUUAUUGUACAAAUGGAGUUUUGUUACGUAGUUUAAUGACUGGAAUGUCUUGUUUAGAAACACUCACACACGUCAUUGUCGACGAAAUACAUGAACGUGAUAGAUUUAGUGAUUUUUUGCUAAUAUGUUUACGUGAAAUUUUAGUGUUUAAUAAGUCAUUAAAAUUAAUUUUGAUGUCAGCCACAGCAGAUACAGCAGGAUUUCAAAAUUAUUUUAAAAAUUUGCCAAUCAUUUUGGUACCUGGACGGCAGUAUCCUGUUAGUGAAUAUUAUUUGGAAGAUAUAUUGCGCACAUUAAAUUAUGCAACUCCUGCAAUGAGAAAAUUUGAAAAAGAAAAUUCUGCUAAAUUAAAAUCGGUCACACAAAAUACUGGUGUUCCCAAAACGUCUUCUGUUGCAAAUCAAAGGCACGAACCACAGGAAAGUGUACUCAUGUAUGAUCAGUAUAUUUUAGAGUGUUGGACUACAGGAUCCGAAGAUGCCUUUAUGCAACUCUUAUAUUUCAUAAUGUCCGAAAAUGCCUCGGUAGAUUACCGUCAUAGUGAUACUGGAAUAUCUGGUCUAAUGUCCGCAGCUGUUUAUGGGAAUUUACCUAUAGUUAAACAAUUCGUGAAUUUGGGAGCAAAUGUAAUGUUAACUUCAAAUAAUAAUAAGACAGCUUGUGAUUGGGCUGCAGCACAAGGUCAUAUGGAUGUUGUUACUUUUCUUACAAUGUGUGCUGCACAAGCUAAUUGUAUUAAUGGUCAGUUAGAAGAAGUAAAUAAUUCUGAUAUGGAUGAACAUCGAGUGCAUGUCUAUAACCAAGUUGUUCGAGACGAAUUUAUUGAUUAUGAAUUAGUCUUAGAAUUAAUCCUUCAUAUUCAUACAAAUUUUCGAAGUGGCAGUAUUUUAUGCUUUUUAGCUGGCUACGAUGACAUAAUAACAAUGAAAAAUAUAAUAAAUGAAGAAUCAUUACGGUUUCGGAAAGCUGGUACUCCAAUUGUAAUAUACACAUUGCAUAGUAAUAUGCAAACUCAAAAUCAACGGGAAGUAUUUCAACCAGCGCAUAAUAAACGUAAGAUUAUUUUAUCUACAAACAUUGCUGAAACUAGUAUUACAAUUGAGGAUGUUGUGUAUGUUAUUGAUUGUGGUAAAGUGAAAGAAAAAAAUUUUGAUGCGGCAACGAGUGUGUGUUCGCUGAGAAGUGCAUGGAUAUCACAAGCAUGUGCACGACAAAGAGCUGGACGAGCUGGACGUACAUCGGAUGGAGUAUGUUUUCAUAUGUUUUCACAUAAACGAUUUUUAUCAUUUCCACAGUAUUCUACACCAGAAAUUUUACGAAUGCCGUUACAUGAGUUAUGUUUACAAACAAAAAUGUUAGCUCCAACUAAUAUGUCGAUUGCAGACUUUUUGUCGUUGGCAUUGGAACCACCUUCCCCUAUGGUAACAAGAACGGCUGUGGAAGCAUUAAAGACUUUAGGAGCCUUGAACCAGGAUGAAAGUUUGACAGCGCUUGGAUUGCAUUUAGUUGAAUUAUCAAUUGAACCUCAUUUGGGAAAAAUUCUUUUAUAUGGAGUUCUGCUAAAAUGUUUGGAUCCAAUAUUAACAAUUGUUAGCAGCUUAACAUACAGAGAACCAUUUAUUUUACCUGCACAUCCUUCUCAACGUCAUGCCGCAAGUACAGUUAAAAUAGAAUUAUCUGCUGGUACCUAUAGUGACCAUAUGGCUCUAUUAAGAGCUUUCCAACAAUGGCAAGAGUCUGUGACUGCUCCAUACAGCGAUAAACGUUUUUGUGAACGUAAUUUUAUUAGCUCGGCAACGAUGGAAAUGGUCACAUCUUUCAGAACUCAACUGUUAGGUCAAUUACGUGCAGCGGGCUUUGUACGUAAUCGUCCACCAUGCGAUAUUCGAGAUUUGAAUACCCAUUCUGACAAUUGGGCGGUGGUAAAAGCUGCUCUAGCGGCUGGAUUGUAUCCAAAUAUUGCAAGAAUUGAUCAACAGCGCUUUCAUUUACGUACACAGCGAGAGAAAAAAGUAAUGUUUCAUCCAUCAUCUGUUUUACGUGGAUCAAGUUGUAGACUGUUAUCAAGCCAACAAAAUCAAAUUAAUUCAAAUUUACCAUCAGAAUGGGUAAUCUUUGAUGAAAUUAGUCGAAACAAUCAAAUUUGCCUUAUUCGCGGUAUAACUUUAGUUACUGCUAUUACCAUUUUAUUAUUCACGGGACCAAUAUACUUACCAUUAGAUUGUGUAAGAUAUAAUUCCUUUUCUGAAGAUGAAGAAGAUUUCGAUGACGAUGAUGACAUUGAGGAUCCUUUUAAAGAUUAUGCAAAAGUUUCACUUGAUUCAUGGUUAUCGUUUUUGAUGCAUGAAAGUAUAAUUAAUGAUAUUUUACAAUUGCGUGUUAAAUGGCAUGCAUUGUUAUUACGAAGAAUGCAAUAUCCAUCAAAGUUUAUGCGUGUAAACGAUGAAAAUAUAUUGAACUGCAUAGUAGAAAUUCUAUCUAUCGAAGAACAAGCAUCCAAAUUCAAACAACCGUUGGGAAUUGGUCAACGUCCAAGACCAUUCUUACCAAAUAACUCAUAUUCACGUAAAACGCAAUACUCAAAUCAUACCUCCCCACGUCCCUGGCAAGAUUAUUCAAAAGGAAGAAAUACGACGAAUUUCACACCACAACGUUCAGUAAAUAAAUCUUCAAAUAAUCCGCAAGAAAAAUUAUUACAAGCUUUAGAAACUUUACCAAAUGAAACUGCCACAAAUGAUGACUAUGAAUUAGAUUCAAAUGCGUCGUCCUUAUUUAAUAAAUUAAACCAAGUGAUACAUGAAGCGUCUUCAAUUUCUAAUUCACUUGUUAGUCUUUCACUCAGUAAUACAUCGAAUAGAAGAACUAGUGUGGAUUCAAUUUGUUCGUCUACGCCUAAGAAAAGUUUUAAUAAUUCACCACAAUAUAAAUCGUAUUAUAAUAAUUUUAAUAAUAAGAGCUUAGAUUUUGAAUACAAUGGACGAAUUGUAACUGAUAGUGAUGAAAGUACAUCAAAUGUAGGCAUAAAUCAUGGUUUACGGUAUUUUAUUCUUAAAGUAACAAAUUUGAAUAUGUUGGAAAUAAGUAUUACAAAAAAGACGUGGAUAUUUCAAUCGAAAAUUGAAGAAAAAUUUUUAAAGCUUUUACAGGAUGGUGUGCGGCCGAUUAUAAUAUUCACAGUUUUGGGUUCAAAACAUUUUCAAGGCGUAGCACAAUUAACUGGUGGGCCUCGUUUCUUAAAUAAAGGUACACAAACCAUAUAUGAUAUAAAAUGGAUCAGCCGUGCGAAUUUGCCGUUUGAAAAUAUAAGACAUUUACGAAACAAAUUUAAUGACAAUAGACGGUUAAACAAAUGUCCAGAUGGUCAAGAAAUUGAUCCAGAAUCUGGUGCUGAUUUAGUACAGUUAUUUACUAAUAUUGAUCCAGAAGUGCCUGUACAAAUGGAUUCCGAUCAUACACCACCAAAAAAUGGACGUGCAAUAAUUAGAAGACGUUAUUAGUAAAACGAUCGAGUCGUUUUUGUGAUCAAUUAAGAUAAGUAAUUUAUUUUUAAAUAUAAUU